AUGGAUUUCACUGGCAGGUUUUUCAGGCCGUCUACCAUGCUGUCGAAUUCCGACACCAUCUGCAAUCCCACGUUUUUCGUCCUGGGUUUGCUCGACAGCGUGUGGGCUACUCUUUGCCUCAACAUGCUGAUGAUCACGCUGCGUCUUUGCGAGGGAUGUACAAGGAAGAUGGGUGUUUUGCGCUGGAGAAAGUCACGGGUUAUAAUCCUGUGUGUCACUUGCGUGUGUCUGUUGGUGGUUUACAUGUAUGUGGCUGCUCAACUGAAGAAGACCAAGAGCUGGACAUCAAGGUUACCAGACAAGUUCAGCACAGUUUCGUCAGAUCGAUGGAUAGUUGUGACAACCAUCUUCGACCCCACACCAGACAUCAAGUUCAUGGCAGAGAUACCCGGGUGGAAGGUUGUUGUUGUCGGAGACAUCAAGACUCCAAAGGACUGGAGGUACCCAAACUGUGUAUUUUUAAGCUUAGAAGAUCAACGUAGUCUCGGUUUUGAAUCAGAGUCACUUGUGCCGGAAGGGAGUUAUGCCAGAAAAACAGUGGGAUAUCUGUUUGCAAUAGCCCAUGGUGCAACUGUAAUUUAUGAGACUGAUGAUGAUAAUCGUCCUCUUGAUAGUCUGAAAUCCUUCAUACUAGAUCCAACAAUGUGGGGAAUCUUGUACAGAGGGGAAAGGCUCUUUAAUCCGUAUCGUCAUUUUGGACAGUCGACUUUGUGGCCAAGAGGCUAUCCACUUGGGUCUAUUGGGGAAAACCAAACAUCUGAAUAUCUACUAAAUCACUGGAAAACUCCGUCCAUUCAGCAGGGUGUGGUAAAUGGUGAUCCGGAUAUGGACGCUAUUUUCAGACUGACUCGGAAACAAACCAGUUCUCAGCUGAAUGUGACCUUUGAUGUGAGAGCCCCACCUGCACUUGUUCCAGCGGGCGUGUUCUCUCCCUUUAAUUCCCAGAAUACUUUUUUUCUGUAUGAUGCAUUUUGGGCACUCCUGAUUCCAGCCACUCCGACAAUCAGAGUGUGUGAUAUCUGGAGAGGCUACUGGGCUCAGAGACUGUUGUGGGAGAUGGGAGGAAAUGUUGGAUUCUUCCCACCAAAUGCUUUCCAGAAGAGGAACGCCCACUCCUACCUGAGCGACGCUAAAGAAGAAACCGACCUCUACUUCCAGACAGAUGGACUCCUUAAUUUUCUGACCAAAUGGAGGUGUGGGACAGGUUUGACAUUCUUUGCUUGUGUUACUCAAUUGUCAGCUGACAUGGCACAUCGAAACUUCUGGAAGGAAAGAGAUGCAAGACUGACGAAUCUUUGGAUCAAGGAUCUCGUGGCACAUGGCUACAAGGAACCACAAAGGAUAUCGUUUGGUUCUCUGAAAGACGGUGCUCAACACAUACCACAGGAGACACUGCCAAACCAAACACGUCUGGCGGAUCAACAGGUCAACCUCACAUUCUGGGCAGCUGAGCAAACCCCACCUCAGAUAUAUUCCCAAGGUACACACUCACCUGCAGUGUUUGCGCAUGCUGCUAAAAUAGCUUCAUAUUGUAGUAAACACUCGUUUACAACGCCAGAACUAAAACCAGUCAUAACCUAUCCAAACAUCGUGUUAAUUGUAGUGUUUAACUUUCCACACUAUGAGAACCUACAGUUUCUGGAGACAAUGUACGGCAUGCAUUUCCCUCACAUCGUGUACUGUGGACCCAACAAAGAUAUAUUCAACACCCACGCGAAGAUACUUCCCAAGCCGUUGACCUUCAUGGAGGUUGACCACAACGAUGGCUGGUUUUUUCAACACUGUUUGAUACAAGUGAUGAAGAUGCAGUUUCGAGUUGACGGCUACUUAUACAUCGGGGACGAUGUGCUGCUUAACGUGUGGAACAUUCAUAAGAUGCCGUUAAACAAACUCUGGGUUUAUCGCGCUCCAGUUGUACAACUGUCCAAAAAGAAAGUUGGUCAUCGUGUGCAGCAUCCCAAAGUAGGUACGGCGGCAUACAAGGCUGGUCUACAAGCUUUGAAAGCUGUGGAUAGUCACAAAUACGACAGUUUCACAAGGAUGCUUUUCACCAAUUCAAGGAAGAGAGACGGGUUCUAUAUUGGCCAAGCAGAUAUUCACUAUGUUCCUGAACAAUAUAAAGAUGACGUCCUAUACUACCUGGAACAUUUCUCCCGAUUUGAUUUGUAUAUUGAGUUGAUAUUUCCCACAGUUUUCCGUGGAAUAGAAAAGUUGGAGAAUCUUUUCAUGAUGCCUGGAUCUUACUUUACGUUUGGACCAGUCUCCAAGACGAAGAA